UCUCCGCUCCCCGCUCGCACUGUUUGUUCCUUCGCGGUCUCCGUACGUCAUUGUUGACAACAAUCAUGGCGUCUUCAAUGUCACUUCUCGGCUUGGGACGUUUAUCUGUGGUCAAUGCAGCCUAUAAAUUGGCCCUGAAUCCUAUCAGGUCUAUAAGCACAUCAACAUCGAGGCUGGCAGAGAAACCAGGACAAGACACGCAACUUAUUACUGUUGAUGAGAAAUUGGACAUCACCUCUUUGACAGGAGUCCCAGAGGAGCACAUCAAAACACGGAAGGUCCACAUCUUUGUUCCCGCCAAGACGGCCAUGCAGUCGGGAAUCAACAGCACCAAGAAGUGGAAGAUGGACUUUGAUACCAGAGAGCGGUGGGAGAACCCGCUGAUGGGCUGGGCCUCAACAGGUGAUCCCUUAUCCAACAUGGUGCUAAGCUUCUCCUCCAAGGAAGAUGCUGUUGCCUUCGCUGAGAAAAAUGGUUGGAGCUACGAUAUAUCAGAGAAGAGGAGCGCAAAGCCCCGCGUGAAGUCCUACGGAGCAAACUUCUCCUGGGACAAGAGGACCAGGAGGUCUGCUAAGUAAACUGAAGACCCCCAUCUGUUAGUUGGCUUGACCUCAGGCAGACCUGUAUCAUUCUUGUCAAUAAAUUCAUAAUUAUAUAUGUGUAAACCAAACAUUUUGGUCAUUAUCGCUUUAUUCUUCAAACAUUCACCUCAUUACUGACUACCUAACACAGUCUCCCCGAUUAAUGAAGUGUUUGUUCUCUGAGUCGAGUUGUGCAACAGCAAAACAAAGGGGAACAUAUUAUUACAAUUAGAAGCUGUUUAAACACACGGAUAAAUAUAUCUGGAGGCCAAAACCAGUGACAUUUUUCCUGCGUGAGUGUUUCUUUCCAUCCUGUUACCUGAAUUGUUUCAGUGUUUUGGGAGAUGCAUAAAUGGAAUUUAAAUAGGAACUUAAAUAGUUUUUUUU